AUGUCGGAGUCCGUACCAGAGGCAAUCAAGAUUUUGUCUCCCGGCACUGAUAGGCUACCUUCAUCGGCAGAAGAUUUCAAGGACUGGAUAAAUGACAUGGGUUUAGUGGACUUGCCGAUUACUGACCGUAAGUUUACAUGGUUUAGAGGGCGAUCUUGUAGCCCUAUUGAUAGAGCCCUGGUUAGCCUGGAAUGGCUUGAUGUAUUCCCUAAUUCUCGCUUAAGAGGGGAGCCACGGGGUUUGUCAGAUCACUGUCCUAUUAUAGUGGAGGAUAAGAGGUUAAGGGACGGCCCGAGACUGUUUCGAAGUCUAGAUUUGUGGUUCACGCAUGAAGGUUUUCUGAGGAUGGUUAAAGAGGAAUGGAGAGGGUUAGGAGAGGUACAAUUUACUGAUAAAUUGAAGGCAUUGACGGGUCCUCUGGGAAGAUGGCAUAGAGCUAAUUUUGGGGACAUGGACAAGAAAAUUUUGAAGUUUGAGGAAGAGAUAAAGAAAUUAGAUGACAUGGUGGGUAACAGGGUUUAUGAUGGAACGGUAGAGGCAAGAAGAAGGGCAUUAGUUGUGUGCUGUGAGAAAUGGUAUGUGAGGAAAGAACUACAUUGGAAACAGAUGUCGAGGUCUAGACAUGCGAGGGACAUGGAUAAAAAUACCAGAUACUUCCACAACUUAGCUUCUGAAAGGAGGAGGAAUAAUAGAAUUGAUGCACUGGUUAUUAAUGGACGUCUGAUAAGAAAUCAAGCUAGGAUCAAGAUUGCCAUCAACGAGUUUUAUAGAAAUUUGUAUCAUCAAGAGAAGUCAUCGUUGGUGGGGUUCAGAGAUGGUCUGGUGGAUGUAAUCAGUGAGGGGGAUACUAUGGCAUUAGAGGUGCAACCGAGAUCUCAGGAGGUUAGAGAGGCAGUGUGGGACUGUGAAUCAUCUAAGGCUCCAGGAUGUGAUGGCUAA